AUGCACUGGCUUGUCUCGACAACCACAAUGUUGAUAUUGGGAGUUAUUUACAUCAUCUUCCCAGAUUUUGAGUUCACCAUCAGCAACACCAUGAUCAUCAUAGGAAUGAUUCUAAUCGUGGCUUCUCACUACGACUGUUACGAGGAUCAGCGAAGGCAGCUGCCGAAAAUGCUGGUAAUUGAGAAAAAUGUUGUUCGUUAA